CAAACACGAAUUUAUUGGCCGAGUUUAUUUCCUUUUCAGUUUGCUAUUGCGUUCCAGAUAGGCAGCACCGCAAUUUUAUAUAGUCUGAGCGAGCGACGGUUUAGCCGCGGCUUAUUUUUACCACAAUCGGGGAAAUGUUUGCACUCGUCGGAAGGCGUUUGGGUGCUGCGGCUGACAGGUCGUUUUUGGUCAAAAGGAACAUUUUCCACGAGGCUUCCAAGAUUUUCACCUCCGACAGCGAGACGCAUUUGCCGACUGACGUGAAUUUCGUCGAUUAUGUGUGGAAGGACUACAAGAAAUGGGAGAGAAAAUUCGCCCUGACCUGUGGAAUAUCUGGGCGGAAUUUCACGUAUGGCCAAACCUUCGGCGCCUUUGAUCGUUUGAGCGUCAAUUUGCCCUCGGAACUAAAUCUCAAAAGCGGUGACGUUGUUGCGGUGCUUUUGCCCAACAUGCCUGAAUUUCCAAUCACGUUUUUCGGCGCCGCCUCUGCCGGUUUGAUCAUCAGCCCUCUCAAUCCCCUAUACACCCCUGAUGAACUGAGGAAACUGUUGGCCUGUUCGAAAGCGAAAGUGGUGGUGACGAUUGCGUCUCUCCUGCCUAAAGUCAGAUCGGCUUUUGAGAAAAGUCCCGGGGGUGAAAUGCCCGUGAUUCUGGUCGGCGAGGACGACACGGAAAAGGACGUGAUUUCGUUUGAAAAAUUGAUCUCAAAGGAUGUUAGAGGAAUUCCGAGAUUGGAAAAACCAGGACCGGAGAAUGUGGUCGUCUUGCCCUUUUCCAGCGGCACCACCGGAAGUCCGAAGGGGGUAGUUUUGACCCACUUAAAUCUGGUUGCAAACGUCAACUCUUGCAGCCACCCUCACGCUAUUUGGAAUUUCGAGACUGGUGAUGAUUCAACAAUUGGCGUGAUUCCGUUUUUCCACAUUUACGGUCUGGUGAUAUUGAUAGGCAUCACUAUCAGCAGAGGAAAUCGAUUAAUUACCCUUCCCAAAUUUGAUCCCAACACAUUUGUCAAUGCCCUCAAAACGUACAAACCGUCGUAUUUGUUCCUGGUGCCUCCUCUGAUUCACCACAUCGCUCGAUCUCCACAAAUCACCAGCGAAAUGUUGAGCAAUUUGAAAAUGGUGGGAACAGGAGCUGCUCCGAUUAAUUCAAAAAUCAUUGACGAAUUUUUGGAGAAAACUAAAAAUGCUGGGACCAUUGUGAAAAAUGGCUACGGUAUGACGGAGACCAGCGGAGGUGCGACCUCAAUGCAGGAAUCUUUACAACCGAAUCAGCAGGAAAUUUCCAUAGGAAAAAUCAUUUCAAACGCCGAGGUGAAAAUUGUGGGCGAGAAAGACGAAGCGCUGCCUUUGGGGGAAGAGGGAGAGCUCUGGAUUCGGGGGCCGCACAUCAUGAAAGGAUAUCUUGACAACGAUCAGGCGACAAAAGAGAUUCUCACCGAGGACGGGUGGCUGAGGACAGGGGACGUGGCGCGAAUGCAUGCCGACGGAUCAAUUUAUAUUGUCGACAGGCUCAAGGAGCUUAUCAAAGUGAACGGUUUCCAGGUAUCGCCGACCGAGUUGGAGGGACUAUUGAUAACUAUGCCGGGUGUCGCGGACGUAGCUGUGAUCGGGGUGCCGCACAACGAGCAGGGCGAAGUUCCCAGGGCCUUCGUCGUAAAGCGCGAAGGCUUGGAAAUCACGGCCAAGGAGGUCGAGCACUUUUUGGAGCCGAAAGUGGCCAAAUUCAAGAGAUUGGGCGGCGGAGUGCAGUUCGUCGACGAGAUCCCGAAAAGUGCUGCAGGGAAAAUACUUAGGAGAAACUUGAAGGCGAUGAUCAGAUGAAAAUAUUAUAUGGCAGGUGUACAAAAAUGUACAUAUAAUUUAAUUUUUGUCUCAAUAAUUGUGUAAUUAGAAUCACUUAAUAUAAAAUAAUUGCAAAUUCACUCAUUAAACACUAUUUAUAUAAGUUCAAAGACAAAUACAACUCUGCGUUUUUAUAACAUUUUUUAAUAUAAAUUAAUGUAAAACUUAAAUUAAAUAUUUGUAUAAAUGCCAUUAUGAAAUAAAUUCCAAUA